AUGGAUGACCUGAUCACAAACCCACAGAUUUUGGUCGAUGGGAAGCCAGUCGAAGCGAGUUAUACGCCCAGGCAGGCUGGUAUGACAGACCUUAUAAGUUCUCUGAAAAAUGUGGAUCUUUCAGCCGCGAGAGAAAGACUUCCCGUCAUUGACCAUAAUGACCCACGCGAGCCUGGAAAUCUACUGAGGCAAUACAGCAUAGCCAAGACGAAUCAGAAUGAAUUCGGUUUCUGGUCAUUUGCCCUUCUGAAUUGCAUCCUAUCAAGACAGCGGAUCCUGAACCAACUUCGAAAACACACUGGAAUCUGCGGAUAUAUCGACCAAAUCAGACCUAAAGAAGAUGUCAGUUCACGAUCAAAGGAGGGAUCAUAUCUCAGAAUCUUUGCCUUGCUGCUACUGCUCGACAGAGAAAACGAAAUCGGGGACUUCAUUCGGGAAAAUGUUUGUGAUGAAAGUCUGCCCCUACACUGUUCUGGAGGCACGGAUGACUUGAAAUUUACUGGGUGGAAAACAUCUGAAAAAGAAUGGUUUUCUACUCAUCAGUGGACAGUCUUAGUUCCAUACUUUAAGCUUGACAGUGAGGGACGACCGGAGGACUACAAUUUUCCUGACAAAACAAUUUUACCUUGGAUACCUUGGGAGGAAGGGUGCUCUAUCGAUAGCAACUCUGAACCUGCAAAGGAUGAAGGUGGAUACGCCGAGGUAGCCAAGAUUCGCAUCGAUCCUUCCAGUCAUGGCUUCCAAAAGGUUCUAAAAUCUAUAUGCCUGAAUGAUGAUCGGUUUGCAUUAAAAGUUCUUCGCGAUGGUCCAGUCAACAACGAGAAGCAAUAUCUGAACGAGGUCGAGCAAUUAAAGCGAUUUAGUGGCUUAGUGCAUGAUCACUUAGUAACCGUUCUAGCGACAUUCACUUUGAAGAAACGAUUCCACUUCCUUUUUCCUUAUGCUGAGUAUGCUCUUGAUCAAUACUGGAGAGACAAAAUUCCACAGCCGAGCCUAGAUUUAGCCACAGUUCAGUGGUUUUCUAAGCAAUGCCUUGGCCUCAUCGAGGCAAUGCAUACUAUCCACGAGCCAGAUCACCUGAAUCUGCCUGCAGGAGUAAAGAAAUAUGGCAGACAUGGAGAUAUAAAGCCAGAUAACAUUCUGUGGUUUCACACCACGCGAGAUCCAAAUGGCAUUUUUGUGAUAUCUGAUAUGGGUUUAUCAGCCUUCAACAGCGCCAAAAGCAGAUCAAAUGUUCCCGGCCACGCACUGCCUGGUGCGCCCGGUUAUCGGCCACCUGAGUGUGAAAUAGAGGGUGGCAUGGUCUCACGGCAAUUUGAUGUCUGGACCAUGGGUUGUCUUCUUUUGGAACUAGUUACCUGGUUGCUGGGUGGUCAACAAAUGCUAGACGAAUUCCAGGCAAAGCGGAUGUCCGUUUAUAUUAAUGGCUCAAAGAACGACAUCUUUUUCGAAAUCAAGACAACUCGAGGGGAAGUGCCUGUUGUAGCUCAAGUCAAACAAUCAGUAACUGAGUGGAUUGCCCAAUUACACGCACACAAGAAGUGCCCGAAAUUUGUUCACGAUGUCCUAAACAUUAUAGAGAACCAUAUGCUCGUCGUCUUAUCUGAGGAGAAGAAGAGACACACUUCAACGGCGUUGAAGAAGGCGUUCCACGAGAUAAAUAAGCUCUGCAGGGCCAAUGAAAGUCAUGAUUAUUGUGUGCAGGGCAUCCCGACACCAGUCACUCCUCAGCCUAAUGUUCCGGUAGCCGUUUUACUGAAUGAGAACGCGCAAAAUAUGCUCGAUAACAACAGGUCACACCUCAGCGUCCACGACGGCAGAACUCGAAACUCAAUGACAGUUGAAAGUUUAAGGAGAAUGGAGAUUGCUGGUAAUGUCCCUCCCGAAGCGUCUCCUGUAGCAUCGAGAGCUCAUUCUGCAUAUACAUGGUGA